GUCGGCGACGUGGGCGUGCACGCAUCGACCGUCUCGAAAAAUACAAAUAAUUACCCAUCAUUACUAUAAAUUACGCAAAUUACAAAUCCGAACAAUUACCUUUAAUUACGCAUAAUUGUAACGAAACUACACCCAAUCUACCUACAUUGUUAUCGAGUAACGAACAGUCACGACAUCGACAUCUGAAUAACAGCACGUCGGUCGCCUCCUAGCCGCCAUUCUUCGCAUAAGUGUGUGACUAAUCGAAGCAAAACGUUUGCCAUGUCCGAAGACAACAUCCUCGACUUCUUCGAACGCGAAAAAUCCAUCAAGCUCCCUCUGCACGUCAAAAACCUCCUCUUACUCGCCGGCUUCGACAACAAAAUCUCUUUGUCGAAGCUGGAAGUCGAGGACAUCACAGAACUGGAAAGAAUCGGCCGCGAGAUAGUCCCCUACAUUAUCGACAAACCCGACCACGAAAAAUACUUAGGGUACUUCAAAAACUACCCUCAAGGUUUUUGCAUAUUUUCCGGCCACAAGAAACUCCUUCAAGAAAUGUCGCAGUUCUACAAGAACUUCUCGAACAAGAAGCGUGUUCUGACCGACGCGUCGGACACUCCCGCCAAAAAAACUCCCGAGCAGGUGCAGAUCGAAGGGCAUCCCCGAACCAGUACGAAACCCAGAGACGUCGACAGCGAAAAGCAAAACAUUUAUUCGUUGCUUAUGAACUGGAUUAGUAACUUCUGUUCGAGGAAUCUGACGUUCGAAGAAGCCGCACAUGUGAGUAAAGAAAUAAACAAGAUGAAGGUGGACAUAUCGCACGAGGACCCCAACCAGUGCUUCGUUACGUGCUGCAUAUGUCUGCGAGAACUCAAGAUUUUCAGGAACCAGAACGGGUUUUGGAUUAUGUCAAACAUUCACAAACAUUUCAAAACGCAUUUGAAUACGUACUCGAACAAGAAGUUCAGUAAGAAUAUAAGCAUCUCGAGCUCCAUUUCGAACACCGCGAGUCAAGAAAACGACGCGAUUUAUGUCGUCGAGAACGAGAUCAAGCAGGAGGAUUGCGAGGAAAACUAGACUAGUAAGACUGGAAAUUUGUAUAAUAAAUAAAU